UCAAAACUUCAAAGGCAAGGGCAAAGCAGCUUUUGGCGCAAUAUAUUUAAGAACGUCUCAUAAAAAUGGAUUCGGAAAUGUCGGACCCAGUGGAGGCGGAUACAGAUGGAUCUAUUUGCAGUAUACACGUACGCAAUUUCUUUUGCCAUGACAAUUUGCAGAUUGACUUGAACAAGAACGUUAAUUUCGUCGUUGGGCGUAACGGCAGCGGUAAAAGCGCAAUUCUGACUGCCCUAGUCGUCGGUUUGGGAGGCAGGGCCUCUGCGACGAACAGGGGAAACAAUUUACAUUCCUUCAUCAAGAAAGGUGCCAACUCGGCAUCAGUGGAGAUCAAGAUACGGAACAGCAGUGAGCAGGCAUACAAGCAUGAUGUGUACGGAGACUACAUCACCAUCGAGAGGCACCUCAACGCGUCUGGGGGCUCCAGCUACAAGGUUAAGAAUGCCGCAGGUAAAGUGAUAUCCACAAAAUUCGACGAAGUAAACAACAUAAUCACAGCGCACGACAUCCAAGUGGACAACCCGAUAUCCGUGCUGAACCAGGACGACGCGCGCGGGUUCCACGCGGCGGACGCCAAGCGGAAGUUCACACUGUUCCGGAAGGCGACCAACCUGGACCGCACCGAGGCGAACUACUUGUCUGCGUUGGACAGCUGCAAGAUGGCGAAGAAUAUAUGGACCAGGAAAUCAGAGGCACUAGAAGACGUUAAAAAGGAAAAAAUCAAACUUAAAGCUAUACACGACAGACUCCAGUCGCGAAGUGAGAUCAUCGCUCGAGAAAAAGCGCUAGAAAACGAAUACUAUUGGAGCGAGAUAGCGCAGUUGGAGCGAGAGGUCCGAGAAAUAGAGACGAAGAAGCAAAAGCAGCAGGAUAAGAUAGUGAAGCUGGAAGAAAAGUUGAAGAGUCUGAUUGCGAGCUGCGGGGGGAAGAAUGGGGUCAUAGACACUCUAAAGACUCAGUUCGAAGAGCAUAACAACCAGCGCACCCUCCUGGAGCAACAGCUCAAAGACCUAGAAGGCCAAGUGCGAGCGGCGCAGACGGCACUAAGGAGCUUCCAGAACACUGGCAACAAGCACUCCGACCAGAUGAGGAGAGAAAAAAGAAAGGCCACGGCUUUGGAGCUGGAGAUUAAAAAUAUCAAAGGCCAAGUGCGAGCGGCGCAGACGGCACUAAGAAGCUUCCAGAACACUGGCAACAAGCACUCCGACCAGAUGAGGAGGGAAAAAAGAAAGGCCACGGCUUUGGAGCUGGAGAUAAAGAAUAUCAACGACGGCGACUCGCAAUCCCAGCGCUCGUCGCUAGAGAGAGCCGCCGCGGCCGCGAGGAAGGCGCUCGAGGCGGUGCGGGCGCGCUACAGCACCGCGCAGCACGAGUUCAACCAGGCGCAGCAGAACAGCGCACACUGCGCCGGCCAGUGCGAGCGAGCGAGGCAGGCCACGCAGCGGGCGAGGAGCGAGCUGAGUAUGUCUGGUAGAGCGAGGCAGCACGAGUUCAACCAGGCGCAGCAGAACAGCGCGCACUGCGCCGGCCAGUGCGAGCGAGCGAGGCAGGCCACGCAGCGGGCGAGGAGCGAGCUGAUAAAGCUGCAGCAAGAGCAGCGCUCCCUACAGUCGCGGGGCAACGACGAGCUCGGCGUGUACGGCGAGGAGAUGGUGGCGCUGUGUCGAGCGGUGGACGCGGCCCACAAGCAGGGCCAGUUCACCAAGAAACCCAUCGGACCUGUUGGCGCUCACCUGAAAGUGCGUGAGAAGAAGUGGGGCGGCGCCCUGGAGCACGUGCUGGGCGGCGCGCUCAAGAGCUUCCUCGUCAACGACGACAAGGACCGGGUGCUGCUGUUCAACCUCAUGAACAAGAUAUACGGCAAAAGGAGCAAGCCAAGCGUGACCUGCAGCAAGUUCCUGCCCAGACAACACGACGUGUCCCAGCACGUGGUCCGCGCGCGCCCGUACGUGUCCGCGCUGGACUCCCUGGUCGUCACCAACCCCGUCGUCGCCAACUUUCUGAUCGACAGUGUCGGGGUGGAGAGGAUCCUCAUGGUACCUGAACACGCGGACGCCCAACGCCUCUCGGAUCGCGUUGAGAACGUCCCCACAAACUGCGGCCGCAUCGUGACUCUGGACGCCACUGAGUACUUCCCGGCGCCGCGCUACCGCAGCUACGGCGGCUCCAACCGCCGCGCCUGCUACCUCGCCGUCUCCAACACGGAGCGGAACAGCAUCGUGACUCUGGACGCCACCGAGUACUUCCCGGCGCCGCGCUACCGCAGCUACGGCGGCUCCAACCGCCGCGCCUGCUACCUCGCCGUCUCCAACACGGAGCGGAACAGCAUCGUGACUCUGGACGCCACCGAGUACUUCCCGGCGCCGCGCUACCGCAGCUACGGCGGCUCCAACCGCCGCGCCUGCUACCUCGCCGUCUCCAACACGGAGCGGAACAGCAUCGUGACUCUGGACGCCACCGAGUACUUCCCGGCGCCGCGCUACCGCAGCUACGGCGGCUCCAACCGCCGCGCCUGCUACCUCGCCGUCUCCAACACGGAGCGGAACAGCAUCGUGACUCUGGACGCCACCGAGUACUUCCCGGCGCCGCGCUACCGCAGCUACGGCGGCUCCAACCGCCGCGCCUGCUACCUCGCCGUCUCCAACACGGAGCGGAACAGCAUCGUGACUCUGGACGCCACCGAGUACUUCCCGGCGCCGCGCUACCGCAGCUACGGCGGCUCCAACCGCCGCGCCUGCUACCUCGCCGUCUCCAACACGGAGCGGAACAGCAUCGUGACUCUGGACGCCACCGAGUACUUCCCGGCGCCGCGCUACCGCAGCUACGGCGGCUCCAACCGCCGCGCCUGCUACCUCGCCGUCUCCAACACGGAGCGGAACAGGCAACUGCUAGAAGACAUCAAGGAAGCCCAAGCGCAACUGCGAGAGCUCGAGGCCGAGGAACAGGAGUUGGAUGCGACCUUGAAGGAGGCCAAGCAGCUCGAGCACGUCGCCUCGAGGGACCUGCAGAAACUCCUAAGCGAGCAACACACCAAGGAGAAGGAGGAGCGAGCCGCGCGCGCCGCGCUCGAGCAGCAGCAGGCGCCGCACCAGGCCGCCGUGCUAGUGGAAGAGCUGACCCAAUCCCAGGCCAUACUGGAACGACUGAACCAUGAGGUGGAAGAGUGGACGCAGAAGGAGCAAGAACAGAAGAGGAAGAUAGACGAACUGGAGCGGCAGAUGAAGGAGGUCAAGAAACAGUUCAGUGAGGUGCAGAGGACCUGCGGGAACCUGGAGGAAGAGAUAGAACAAGAACACUUAAAACAAGAGCGUGGGGUGGCAGAGCGCCAGACCGUCCAACGGCGGCUCAAGGAAGACCGCGCCACGCUGCAGGAGAUGGAGACAGCCCUGGAGAAGAGGCAGGACGUCGUGAGGAACAAGAUCAUCGAAGCGGAGAUGCUGUGCCCGCGCGUUGACAACCCUAGAUACUGGAUACUGGGUAACAAACAAGACCGCGCCACGCUGCAGGAGAUGGAGACAGCCCUGGAGAAGAGGCAGGACGUCGUGAAGAACAAGAUCAUCGAAGCGGAGAUGCUGUGCCCGCGCGUUGACAACCCUAGGGACACGAAAACAGUGCAAGAGGAGAUAGCGAAGACCAAAUCGAAGUUGAACGCCAUCCGCACCGACGGUCGCAGCAAGGCCGAGGUGGCCGAGGAGCUGCUCAGGGUGUCCACCAAGUACAACGACACCAAGAGCAAGCUGGACCGCAUACAGGCCCUCGUGGACCAGGUACUGCUCCCUCCCUCUCACACACCGACGGUCGCAGCAAGGCCGAGGUGGCAGAGGAGCUGCUCAGGGUCUCCACCAAGUACAACAACACCAAGAGCAAGAUGGACCGCAUACAGGCCCUAGUGGACCAGGUACUGCUCCCUCCCUCUCACACACCGACGGUCGCAGCAAGGCCGAGGUGGCCGAGGAGCUGCUCAGGGUCUCCACCAAGUACAACGACACCAAGAGCAAGAUGGACCGCAUACAGGCCCUAGUGGGCCAGGUACUGCUCCCUCCCUCUCACACACCGACGGUCGCAGCAAGGCCGAGGUGGCCGAGGAGCUGCUCAGGGUCUCCACCAAGUACAACGACACCAAGAGCAAGCUGGACCGCAUAGAGGCCCUCGUGGACCAGUGCACGUCGUCCACGGAGGGGCACCGGCAUAUGGGCUACAAGCUGCAGAAGCAGAUCGCUCGCCGCGUGCAGUUCGACUUCAACGCCAUGCUCAGGGUCAACGGCUACUCGGGCAACAUGAACAUCGACUUCCCCAACGCCGUGCUCGAGAUCACGUGCACGGGCCGCGAGAGUACUCGCCACGCGUCCACCACGGCCUCGCUGUCCGGCGGCGAGCGCUCCUACAGCACCGUCGCCUUCAUCAUGGCGCUGUGGGCCUGUGUGGAGCUGCCUUUCUACUUCCUCGACGAGUUUGACGUGUUUAUGGACAACGUGAACCGUCAGCGCGUGAUGAACAUCCUGCUGAACCACGCGCUGAAGAACCCCUCGCGGCAGUUCGUGUUCCUCACGCCGCAGGACGCCUCCUCCGUCAAGGCGGGCCCGCAGAUCAGCAUACAUGUGAUGGCGGACCCGCGUCCAUAAUUUAAUGAUUAUGAGAGAUGUUGAUUACUGUUGUUUGGUUAAUGAUUAGAAUGUUAUUUUGUGUACGUGUAAAACACGCUGUUAACACAUUCACAGCCCCCAACGCAUAUGUGCGUUCACCGUCAUACAAGUUUGUUCCUAGGCCACGCCUCCUGGCUGUGAAUACGUUAAAACACGGCAGUUUAAACCUGUCAAAUAGACAGUAAUAUUUUUACAAACUUCCGUGAAAAGUAGACUUUAAAGAUACGUUUUUCCCGUGUAUAAAGGGCGAUUUACAUGACACGGGUUACUUGUAAGAUUUUAGUAAUACCAGUGGCAUUUUAUUAAUGAAGCAUUGAUUUAACUCAUGUGUAGUAAUUGUGUUUUUUCAGUCUGAUUGUUGCAUUGAAUUUUGAUAUUAUAUUUUUUAUAAUGUGACCAA